AUGUCUAUGGCUAAGUGGACCUCACAGCUUGAGAAAUCCCAUGCCAAGCUUGCUAAAUCAACCUCUGAUCUGACAACAUUACGAAACAAAGCUUCCAAGUUGUGCAAGGCAGUCAAAUGUGGUAAAAAACAAAAGGAGCAAUCAAUAGCCUCAGUCAAGAAGAAGAUCUUAGACCAACGAUCAGUUCACUAUUUAAUGCAAAAGGGUGUCUUCACUGAGGAAACACGCAAUGUUGUCUGUUUACUUGUCAAGGCUGGCUGCUCACGAAACCUUGUUGGUGAGGUUAUUUUGGCUGUCCUCAAAUCUGCAGGAAUAACAGGUGUUGGCAGUAUCAGCCGCACUUCUGUUUCUCGAUUUCUUCAUGAGGGAUAUUUUGCUGCACAAAUUCAGCUUGGAUAUGAGAUGAAAAAAGCAGAAAGUAUGACUUUCAGUGCAGAUGGUACAAGCCAUCGUAGCAUCAACUACAAUUCCCGCCAUGUUCAUCUUAUUGCUGAGGAUUACACUUCACCAGAGGGCAGUUCAAAGCAACAAGUAACCCGAACUUUUGGAAUUCAAUCAUCAAAAGAUGGAUCUAGUGAAGAAGCUAUUGCAGACUGGGAGAAUACUCUCAAGAAAAUUAUUGACCUCUACAAUAACAGUCCUCUUGGAAAGCGCUCAGGUGGACUUCUCAAAUUUUUUGAACUUUUGAUCAAACUUGCAGGAAUGAGCACUGAUCACUGUGCAAAGGAAAAAAAAGAUGCCGGAUUGCUUGAAACUCUGAAAGCUUGGGCUGUUGAUCAACAUCUUGGAGAAGAAAAAAUGUUAGAAAUGACAUUAGAGGAGGUUCGUGACUAUUUCAAGAAAGCAGAAGAGGAAAUGAUUAGAAAAGCUGGUGGGGUAAAUAAGUGGAACAAACUGUCUGACAUCAAGAAGGCUGAGAGGAAGGCCAAAAUGAUUGAAGAGGCAGUUGCUGAGUUGGGAAAAGAAGAGUUUGAUAAUCUCUCUGAUGAGGAAAAACAUAUUUUCCGGCUCUUUAUCUGGGCUGGCUGUGGUUGCCACAAGGAUCUGAACACUAUUCGGGGAGGGUAUCUUGCAGUGGCAGCUUGGUGGAUUGAGAAUGGGCUUGAGGAAGAACGCCCUGUCCUUCUUGCCAAUCGUGAUAAUGAUCCUGUGGUUCAAGAGCGAGCCACUGCUCUUGAGAAAGGUGACACCCUAACACCAGCUCAAGAAAGAGCUUUUCACAAAUCAACAUGUGGUGCAAUUAAAACUGCAGAAAUUGCAGGUGCAAUCUUCAACAAUAAAGACGAUAAAAGGGGCCACCAUGAUAUCUUUCGUUAUUGGUGGUGGGAACAUGUGGGAGUUCCAUUUACAUUUCCCGAUACAUCCAACAAUAGAUUCCAGUCAUAUUGUAAUGCUGCUGCAGCCCUUAUUCUCUAUGGAGAUGAAUUCAAGGAUUUUCUUGAGAGUCUACGCAUCAACAAGCAAAAUCCAACACUCAAUCACAUGGAAUUAAAUCUCUGGAAGGCUCUCCACUGCACUUCAACAAAAAUCAUUGCAAAUCCUGACAUUCUCAUUGGAAAAGACCUAGACAUUUCUGAAUCAUACAAAACAGCUACUCUAGAUGGUGAAAAGUGGCAGAAUCCUGCAGUUGUAAAGAAGAUAUUUGACCUCAUCCCUACACUCCCUCACUUCCACAAUCUUUUGAUUGCAUUUUUCAAAGGAGCAGCACAAACAUGGGAAUGUUUCACAUCAGAAUUUGCACCUGGUGGCCUAAUUGAUGAAGCAACUGCAGAGGAAAGGGAGCUUGCACAUAUGCCUGCAACAAAUGAUGAAAAUGAAGGUCUGCUAGGGUCUUUCCGACGCCUCAUGCACUAUCAGCCUCAGCUUACACUUCUCAGUUGCAAUGCCUUGAUAAUGUUUUUCCGCAAUAACACACAAGCAUUUAUGGAAACAAAGUUUACUGAGGAAGACUAUCAGUAUAUACAUAAACUUGGACGAGAGGCAAAUGGGGAGGAGAAGAAAAGGCGCAAUGAACUUACUGAUUUCCGUGACCAACGACAAGCAAAGAAAACUGCACGCAAGGAGGUUCAGGAGCAAAAUGCAAAGGCAACUGCAGAACGGAUUGCACAGUUGGAACUUGUUUUUGACAAGGAAAAGGUCCCAGGACUCAAGGGCACGUCCCUCAAGGACCAAUUGAGACUCUUCAAGAGUGCAGGUGCUCCAAAUCUCAAGCAAGGGCCAAUGCCAACCAAAGUUGCUGAUAUCCGCAAAGCACUUGUAGAUGCUAUUGAUCUGCAUACAAAUGGUGCUUGGAAGCUCAUCCAAGAUGAGGAGAGUGAGGGUGAGAAUAUUAAUCUGUCAGAGGAAGAGGAGGAUGAGGAGGAUGAGGAGGAUGAGGAGGAGGGUUGGGAGGAUAUAGAGGGCUAUGAGAGUGAAUGA